CUGUUCCGUAUGUUGACAGUAGACUACCUAGAGAGAAAUAUCUGCGACAGAGAAGGUUGAGACGGUGAAUGUAGUGUGUCCUUCUCCCUUUCGGAAGACGGGAUACUCUUUAGCAAUUUACUUUUAAGAUCUGAACAUCACAAACUGGAAAAAAAUGAGCAUGUACGGGUCUCAAUCGAAACUUACGACAAUGGGUCGGAGAAGUAGUUCUCGACCAGACCUCGCAAGUGCCAGUUUUACCGGUCCCAGGAUAGACGGCGGUUCAGUCUUUGGGGGCAACGGAUUCCAAACUCCGCAUGUGGACAAUUACAACUAUACAUUCUCGAAAACGUCCAUGGGAGGAGGAGGAGGUGGUGGUGGUGGUGGUGGUGGAGCUCAAGGGGCAAGUGUGCAGAACAUCCAGAGCAGAGCUGUAUACCUGCAGGGCAACUGUCAGGAGUACCUCCAUACAGCUCAGAUGAUUCUCGAGAAGGGGGGUUCAGCGAUGGAGGUGGACCAGCUACUGAGCAUGGCUGCUGAGAGCCUGGUGCAGAUGAAAGGCUGCGCCCAGGAGCUGCACCACAUGCACCAUCCUAAUGACAGCCUCUUCAGGAGCAUCGACCAUUUACAGGGAGUGCAUAGAGGACUCCAGUCAGCCAUCACAGGGACAAUCCAGAGGCAGAAAUUAAGCGGUUCGAGGGAAGAACGUGGGAGGAGCUUCACCGACGCCAUGUCUUGGAUUGCUCAACAGAAGCGCCUGAUCGAGAUGUCCCCGUGGGGCGAGGACGCGUCCAGCAUCGAGCAGCAGAUCAUCAGCCACAACAAGUACCACAGCACCAUCCAGAGGAGUUACGAGCUGGAGCAGGCCAGAGAGAAACUGUUUAAGAUGAAUGAUAAGGCUGGCCUCCAUGCCUUGGAGCAGGAAUGGGGCGGAUUGCAGAAAAUGUCCUCCAGUCGUACUGACCAGCUUCGAGAGCUGCAGGGAAUCAUCGAGGAGAUCUCCCACGCCAUCAUGUGGGUGAACGAGCGUGAGGAGGAGGAGCUGGUGUUUGACUGGGGAGACAAGAACAUCGACGUCUACAUCCCCAAGAAGCAGGAGAGCUACUCUAGGCUAAUGAGAGAUCUGGAGGUGAAGGAGAAGGAUUUAAACAAGCUGAAGACCAAGGUGGACGGUCUGCUGAAGAACAACCACCCAGCCUACGACAAGAUUGAGGCCUACAUGGACACUCUGCAGACCCAAUGGAGCUGGCUUCUUCAAAUCACCAAGUGCAUCCACGUCCAUCUGAAGGAAAAUGCUGCUUACAGCCAGUUCUUCAAGGAGGCCAACGAAACGUAUUCAAAGCUGCAGAGGGAACACGAGAACAUCCGCAAGAAGUUCACCUGUGACAAAAACACCCCCCUGGAGAACCUCACAGAGCUUCUGAAUAACCUGGAGAGAGAGAAGGAGAGGAUCGUGGAGAACAAGAGACAGGUUCAGUCCUUGGAAAACAAGUCCAAGAGCAUCGUCAGACUAAAGCCACGCAAUGCUGAGGAGAAGAGCAACAGUCCGGUCAUUGUAAAAGCCCUGUGUGAAUUCAAACAAGACCAGAAAGGGAUCUUGAAAGGAGACGAGGGCAUUCUGAAGGACAACUCCCAGCGUAGCAAGUGGCACGUGACAGGUCCGGGAGGUCUGGAAAUGUUGAUCCCCUCUGUGUGUCUGCUCAUCCCCCCUCCCAACCCCCUCACCAUCGGCCUUGCCAACAAGAACUACCAGUAUUAUGAUGCCAUCAUGAGCAUCUGGAACCAGCUGUACAUCAACAUUAAGAGUCUCAUCUCCUGGCAGUUUUGUGUUAAAGACAUCAACCACAUCAACUCCCUGACUCUGUCUAUGCUGUCUAAGAUGCGUCCUGAUGAGUACCGCAUCAUCAUCAAGAAUCUGGAGACCCACUUCCAGGAGUUCCUUCGCAACAGCCAGGGCUCUGAGAUGUUCGGCGAGGAAGAGAAGAGGAACAUCGAGGGCCAGUACUCAGGGGCCCAGAGCCACUACGACACUCUGGUGAUCCAACUGCCUGCUUACAAUGCCUCUGCCACCAACGUGGAAGUGAUCAAGCCCAGUACGUCCAAGCCCAUCCAGGCGGAGACCGCCAAGAGUACCACCAAGACGACCGUUUCCAAGACGACCAUCCAGACUCCCGCCCCCAGCUCGGCCCUGAGCGUGACCCUGCUUGGUGAACUGAACGCGCUCAGACGCAGGCUGGAGCUGGCCGAGUCAGGCCUCAGUCAGCACCUUCACGUUCCUCUGGGCGAGAACAGUGUGCAGGAGUGCUCACAGCGCAUCCUCAAGUUGGAGGGUAUGCAUGGAGACCUGGAUGCUAUCCGUGACGAGUACCUAAGGCUGAGAGAGAAGAUCUUGAGGCAGCUGGAGGGAGCUGCAGCUGACUCGGAGCAGGCCAAGUUCCUGCGCUCCGAGCUCGAGGUCCUCAACCAGAAACUAGGAGACCUUCAGGGCCUGUCAUCUGCCUACCAACAGAGACUUAUAGCUCUGAGGGCCUUGCUCCAGAGUAUUUUAAAGGCUGAGGAUGUCAUCAAGGUCCAUGAGGCUCGUCUGACUGAGAAGGAGACCACCUCCCUGGACCUCAACGAGGUGGACCGCUACCGCAACACUCUGAAGCAAAUGAAAUCAGAUUUGGAACAAAAGAGAGACCUUCUGACAGCGAUAGACUCCAACCUGGCCAAGGCAGUGCACUGCAACGCCCUGAUCUCCCAGUCCUUCCACAAGUGUGACGUGGAUCUGUCCAAAUAUUCAGAACUGGUGGGUCAGAUGACCGACCGCUGGCGCCGCAUCCAAACUCAGAUCGACAGCAGGGUGUGGGACCUGGAGAAGCAGGAGAAACAGCUGAGUCACUUCAAGCAGAGCAGCUCAAACCUGGACCAGUGGGUCGACAGCGCCAAGAAGCGCCAGGACACGCUGCAGACCACCAAGUUCACCGACAUCCAGGUCCUCAUGGAGCAUCUCAACCAGCAGAAGGCGCUUCACAGCGAGAUUAAAGGGAAGAAGGAGAAAGUGGAGGAUGUUCAGAAGGAGGCCGACACCUGUGCUGCCUCCAUAAAGGACUAUGAGCUGCAGCUGGCCUCCUACAGUGCUGGCCUGGAGACUCUCCUCAACAUCCCUAUCAAGAGAACCAUGCUGCAGUCUCCUGCCACGGCAGUCAGAGAAGAGGCGGCUGAUCUCCAGUCUCGCUACAUCGAGUUGCUGACUCGCUCCGGUGACUACUACAAGUACCUGGGAGACAUGCUGAAGAACAUGGAGGAACUAAAGAUCAGGAACACCAAGAUUGAAUUGCUGGAAGAAGAGCUGAGGAGACUGAAGGACGACAUCCAAGACCGCACCCAGAAAAACCGCUCUCUCGAAGACUCCCUGUCCCGCUACCAGCUGGAACUGAGCCAGUCCAAAGAACAGCUCGUCUCCAUGGAGGAGGUGAAGAGGACCUCGGUCAUGCAGGUGAACGUGGCCCGUGAGAACCUGGACAGCACCAGCAGCCAGGUGAAAGACCUCAGCGACAAGCUGGCCCGCCUCACCUUCCAGCUGGACGAGGAGCAGAGGAAGAGGAGGCUGGCUGAGGAGCGCUACAGCAGCCAGCAGGAGGAGUACGAGGCGGCCGUGCGGCGGCGCCAGAAGGAGCUUGACGAGCUCAACUGGUCGAAGAUUGACCUUGAGAAGGCAGUGAAGGACAAGGAGCGUGAGCUGGAGAGGCUGAAGAUGCAACUAGAGGAGGAGGCGGCUCGCCGGCGAGGGGCAGAGUCCGAGAUCUCUAAGGUAAGAACCCAGUGCAGCCAGGAGAUUAGUCAGCUCAAACAAUCGCACGAGACGGAGAUCCACGUGACCAAGACCACAGUGCUGAAGACCUCGGCCCAGAAGGAGGACCACGCGGCGGAGCUCAGGCUGCAGUGCGAGAGGGCGCAGGCGGAGAAGCGCGACCUGGAGGAGGAACUGAGGAGGCUGAGGCUGUCCGUCACCCAGACUGAGGAGAUGAGGAGGCAGGCUGAGGAGGAAGCCCUCCAGCAGAGGUCAGCCGGGACCCAGGAGUCGAGGAGGCGCACGGAACUGGAGGUGCAGCUGCAGACUGUGGUCCACCAGAGAGGGGAGAUGGAGCUCAGACACAAGGAGACCCUGGCGGAGGCUACCAGAAGCAACCAGGAGCAGGGCCGGAAGGUCAGCCAGCUCACCAUCAGCCUGGAGGAGGAGUCCAACAGGAGGAGAGCCCUGGAGGUGGAGAUCGGGCGUUUGAAACAGAACCAGGCGGAGCUACAGAGCAGGCAUGCCUCCACCCUGGAGAUGGUCAACAAGCUGAAGGUGUCUGAGCAGGAGAUCCACCUCGUCCGAGUUGAGCUGGAGAAGCAGACCAACGAGAGGACCAAGACUGAGCAGAACGCCCAAAGGCUGCAUGGCCGCAUCCGGGAGCUGCAGACCUUGGUGGAUGGACUCCAGGUUGACGUUGAGAAGCACAAGAAGGAAACCCAGGAGGAGUUCACCCGGAGGAAGAGGAUGGAGGCGGAACUUGAGAGGAUGACCCAGAGCUGCCGGGAACACACCACCACCAUCAACACCCUGAAGGCCAGGCAGGAGGAGGUGUCCACGUCAGGGAGGAAGUUUGAACAGGACCUCCGAGCCCUCCAGGUGGCCCUGGACCAGAGCUUGAGGGAGCACAAGAUCACCACAGAGCGCCUGGCUCAGGUGACGGCUGAGCUGAAGGCCCUACAGCAGCAGCUCCUCCAGGAGCAAGCCCGGGUCAGGGAGGUGAGCCUGCGCAACGAGAGCCUCAGCAAGACCAUCGAAGACAAGAGCCGCCUGCUGAAUGACAGCACCACGGAGAUAGAGAAGCUGAAGAGCCUGACCCAGACCCUGACUAAGGAGAGGCUGAGACUGGAGGAGGAGCUGAGGGGAGUCAGGCAGGAGAGGGAUGAGCUGAGGCUGAGCAAGGACAGUGUUGAUGGGGAGAGCGCCUCACAGAUCUCAGCCCUGCACAUCCAGCUCCAGAGCAGCAACAAGAGAACUCUGGACCUCCAGGCUAUCAUCAAUGACCUGACCAAGGAGAGGGAAAAGCUAAAGUCGGAUAUAGACAAAAUCCAAAAGCAGUCCAUUGAGACAUCCAUUAUGGUGCAGGAGUCCCAGAACCACUACACUACACUGCUGCACGAGAAAGACAGCCUGCUUGCCAAACUCAAACUGCUGGAACAGGACAAGGGUCGCCAUCUCCGUCUGGAAGAGGAGCUGAACCGUAUUAAGCUCUCCCUGGACACAGAGCUGCGCAACAAACAGCGGCUCAAGGAAGAGAGCGACACCAUGCGCAAGGACUUCACCUACUGGAAGAGCCAGUACGAGUUGAAGGAGGGCCAGAUGAGACAGAGCGACUCGGAUAGGGAAAAGGCGGAGCGGGGCCGGAGCUCCCUGAAAAGCGAGGUGGAAAGGUUGAUGUUGGAGCUGAGGAGUGUGGAUGACAAAUACCGCAACCGGCUGCAGAGCUCGGAGAUGGAGGUGUCGACCCUGGUCCUGAAGAGAGACUCCCUGGAGAGGGAGCUGAAGAGGCUGCAGCAGAGGCCCGACUCCCUGAGCAGACAGACCCAGACGGACGAGAAGCUCCCCACCGUGGACCCCAGCAAGCUGGUGUUCGAAGGCGUCCGUCGCAAAGUCACGGCCCACCAGCUGUGUGACUGCGGCAUCAUCAGUAAAGCCACCCUGGAGCAGCUCCUGAAAGGCCAGAGGACCGUCGAGGAGGUGACCGUAGACAUCCAGCUUCAUCUGAAGGGCACGGGCAUCAUCUCUGGCAUGACAGGAGGCCCCCAGGGUAAGAUGUCCAUCACUGAAGCCAAGACCAAGAACCUGCUGACGCCGGACAGCGCCCUCAUGCUGCUGGAAGCUCAAGCUGCAACGGGACACAUUAUUGACCCCAAGUUCAAUGAGAAGAUGUCGGUGGACACGGCUUGUAGCAGAGGGGUGGUCGACACAGAAGACAGAGAUGCCCUCUUGACAGCUGAAGCAGCCAGCGUAGGAUUCAAGGAUCCGUACACUGGCAAGCUGCUCUCUGUGGGACAGGCCCUCAAGCAGGGCCGCCUGGACAAAGAGACGGCCCUCCGUUUGCUACAGGCCCAGGAGUCUGUCGGUGGGAUCCUGGACCCCGUCCUGAGUGUGUACCUGCCCAAAGAUCUAGCCCUUGACCGCAACCUGAUCGACGAGGAUCUCUACAGGGCUCUGAACAGGAAGCCCGCUUGCUACGUAGACCCGACCUCCAAGGACAAGAUCAGCUACAGUGAUCUGAGGGUUAAGUGCAGGAUAGAACCAGUGUCAGGUCUGCUCCUCCUCCCUGCUUCAGAGAAAAUGACCGUGCAAGGCCUCCGAGGCGAGGUGUCUGUGAGAGAUUUGGUCGACUCCAACCUCUUGGACGAGGCCGACUUCCAGAAGCUAAGCCAAGGCCAACUCACCAGCAAGGACAUUGAAGACAAGCUCAAGAACUAUCUGCAUGGCUCCAGCUGCAUUGCCGGGAUCUAUGACGAGGCCAACAACCGGAUCAUGCCCUUCUACCAGGCCAUGAAGGAUGGCCUGCUCCGACGAGGGACCACCCUGGAGCUCCUGGAGGCCCAGGCUGCCUCAGGUUUCAUGAUCGACCCAGUCAACAACCUCUAUCUAACUGUGGACGAGGCCUGGAGGAGAGGCUUGGUGGGUAAAGAGUUCAAGGACAAGCUGCUGUCAGCCGAGAGGGCCGUAGUGGGAUACCGAGAUCCGGCCACGGAGAAGACCAUCUCUCUCUUCCAGGCCAUUGAGAAGGAACUGAUCGAGAAAGGCCAUGGCAUCCGUCUGCUGGAGGCCCAGAUAGCCAGUGGUGGCAUCAUUGACCCCAAAGAGAACCACCGCAUCGACGUGGAGGUGGCAUACCAGAGGGGCUACUUUGACAAAGAGAUGAACGACAUCCUCACCUACGAGGGGGAUGACACCAAGGGCUUCUUCGACCCCAACACCCACGAGAACCUGACCUAUCUUCAGCUGAAGGACAGGUGUAUCAAAGACCCCAAAACGGGUCUCGUGCUCCUGCCUCUGAGAGACAAGAAGAAGCCCCAGCCCCCCAAGGAGAACAGCCAGACCAACAUCCUGCGGAAAAGACGGGUGGUCAUCGUGGACCCUGACACUGGGAGAGAGAUGACGGUGCGGGAGGCCUACCACAAGGAGCUCAUCGACUAUGACACCUUCCUGGACCUGUCGGAGCAGGAAUGUGAAUGGGAGGAGAUCACCAUCAAAGAGUCGAAUGGCUCCGAGCGUCUCGUUGUGGUCGACAGGAAAACCGGCACUCAGUACGACAUCCAGAAGUCCCUGGAUCAAGGGAUCAUCAGCCAGAGGUCUCUGGACCAGUACCGGGCCGGCACCCUAACCCUCCCCCAGUUUGCUGACAUGAUCACCAGCCGAACCAGCAGCACAGAGCUGUCAAUCACGGCCAGCAACGCGGAGGACGUGGAGACAUGCGGUACCCCCUCCCAGGCCAGCCCCUCCUCUCCCACGGUCCGCAAACGCUUCAAUAGUAUCUCCAUCACCCUCUCCCCGGCAGAGAUGUUUGAUGACCAUAGCCCCGUGGCGGCCAUCUUUGACACGGAGACCCUGGAGAAGAUCACCAUCAGCGAGGCGUUGCGGAGGGGUUUAGUGGACGCCAUUACUGCCCAGAGGCUGCUGGAGGCCCAGGCAUGCACUGGAGGCAUUGUCAACCCUGCCAACGGCCAGAGGCUCCCCCUGCAGGAUGCUGUGCACCAGGGCAUCAUAGACGACGCCAUGGCCUCCAAGCUAAAGCCUGCCCAGAAAGCCUUUACUGGCUUUGAAGACGUGAAGACCAAGAGGAAGAUGUCAGCUGCCGAAGCUAUGAAGGAGAAGUGGCUGCCUUAUGAAGCUGGCCAGAGGUUCCUGGAGUUCCAGUACCUGACAGGGGGGCUGCUGGAGCCUGGCACCGGGAAGCGGGUAACGAUUGAGGAAGUCAUCCGCAGGGGCUGGCUGGAUGGCAGAGAGGCGCAGAAGCUCCAGGACACCAGGAACCACCUCAAGAAUCUGACCUGCCCCAAGACCAAGCUGAAAAUCUCUUACAAGGAGGCCAUGGACAGCUGCAUGGUGGAAGAAAACAAUGAGAUGAAGAUGCUCCAGGCAUCUUCCAUGUCCACCAAGGGCAUCAGCAGCCCCUACAACGUGUCCAACCCAGGCUCUCGCUCCGGAUCCAGGGCCGGAUCCCGAGUGGGCUCCAGGACGGGCUCCCGCAGAGGCAGUGUGGACUACUCCUCGGUUAGCUACAGCUUCACCACGAAUAGCACGUCCUUCAGCAACAACUCCCUCUCCUAAUGGAUAGGAGAGGAUCGGGAGGGCCAGAAGACCUGAGAUGAUCUUGAAUGUUUUGACUUGUUUUUCUUUCGUUGCUGUUUCUUUAAGUAUAUUGGUUAGGGAAGGAUACAUAUGGCAAUAUAUUACUUUAACAGAUCUAGGGUAUUUUAUGGGGUUUUGUUAUUGUUUUUAAUUGGGAAAUAUAUCAUUUGUGUUCCGUACAUCUUCCACUUUAAUAUCUGAUAUGCUUCAUUUAAAGUCAUGCUUAUGCAGGAUAAAAACUGUAAAUCUGGAAAUAAGGAACUUUACGGUUUUAAAUAGUUAAUCUGAUUUAAACUUAGCUGAUUUACUUGCUGUGGAAGUCGACUGUGUUUUUUCCUUUUCUUUUGUGCUUUUCUUUUGAAUUUGUCACUAUUGUUACCAUAACAUACAUCAAAUCGUUCUCAUUAGAAGAAAAAAAAAGCAGUAGAAUGAGUUAAAUGUUUUAAAAUUUAUAAAAGGAAGUCAAAUGUUUCAUUCUCAUGAUCAAACAGAAUAUUAUCAUAUAGUGCUAAAUGAAAAUAAAUACAUGUAUUGGCUGUAA